AUGCCCACGCCCGAGACGCAAUCCGCCUGGAACCCCACGUCGUGGCGCGAGAAGAUCGCGGCCCACCAGACGGUCUACGAGGACCGCGAGGCGGUGGCCCGCGCGGUGGAAAAGCUGGGCGGAUUCCCGCCUUUGGUGACAUCGGGCGAGAUCGAGCACCUCAAGGCGAAUCUGGCGGAGGCGCAGGAGGGGCGGCGUUUCGUGCUGCAGGGGGGCGACUGCGCGGAGCGGCUGGACGACUGCCGCCCGCAGGUGAUCGCGAACAAGCUGAAGAUCCUUCUGCAGAUGAGCCUGGUGCUGGUUCACGGUUUGCGCCAGCCGGUGGUCCGUAUCGGACGUUUCGCGGGGCAGUACGCGAAGCCGCGGUCUUCUCCGACGGAGACGCGGGACGGGGUGACGCUCCCGAGCUACUUCGGGGACCUGGUGAACCGGUGGGACUUCGAUGAGGCGUCUCGGAGGCCCGAUCCUCAUCUGAUGGUGCGGGGGUACCAGCACGCGGCGGUGACGCUGAACUUCAUCCGGUCGCUCAUCGACGGCGGGUUCGCGGAUCUGCACCACCCGGAGCGGUGGGACCUCUCGUUCCUGGAUCACGACUCGAUGGACGAGCGGGCGCGGGCGCGCUACCAGGCGAUGGCGUCGGAGCUUUCGGGCGCGAUCACGUUUAUGGAAGCGCUUGGGGACAAGACGGUCGACGACCUGACGCGCGUGGACUUCUUCACGUCGCACGAGGGGCUCAACCUUCUGUACGAGAGCGCGCAGACGCGGACGGUUCCCCGGCGCGAGGGGUACUACAACCUGACGACGCACUUCCCUUGGAUCGGGGAGCGGACGCGCGACCUGAACGGGGCGCACGUGGAGUACUUCCGCGGGAUCCGGAACCCGGUGGGCGUGAAGGUGGGUCCGAAGACGGCUCCGGCGGAUGUGCUCGCGCUGAUCGAGGCGUUGAACCCGACGGACGAGCCGGGCAAGCUCGCGCUGAUUCACCGGAUGGGCGCGAAGGAUGUGCGGACGGCGCUGCCGCCGCUGCUCGAGGCGGUGCACAAGAGCGGGAAGCGCGUGCUGUGGCUCUGCGACCCGAUGCACGGGAACACGGUGGGGACGGCCAGCGGGAUCAAGACGCGGAACUUCGACGACAUCCUCGCGGAGAUCACGGGCGCGUUCGACGCGCACGACGAGGCGGGGACGCGGCUGGGCGGCGUGCACUUCGAGCUGACGGGCGAGGACGUGACGGAGUGCGUGGGCGGGGCGACGGACGUGACAGAGGACACACUGCACACGAACUACGUGAGCCAGUGCGACCCGAGGUUGAAUUACCACCAGGGGUUGCAGAUGGCGUUUUUGAUCGCGGAGCGUGGGCGGGGGAGGUGA